AUGCAUGGUGUAUUUGACAUGGCUAAUCUCCCCGAUGGCGCGCCAUUUGAAGCUCAGAUGUCAGGGGCUUUGCUUGAUCAUGAGGGGGAUGAAGUUUUCUUAACUCAAAUCAAUCAGGAACUCGUCGCCCAGGAGCGGCGCGUACAGCCUGUUGAACAAGAUUCUACAUUACUGUCUCCUCGGGAAGACCCUGAGCCUUCCAGUGCAGCUGAACCCGGCCAGAGCUCGCCGCAGGAAGCUUUCUCACAAGACCAUACAAGAGUUCUUUCGGAUGCCCUGCCAAAAUUAUCUUCCAGUCCCGAAGUGACAGCUAAUACAGCGAAUCCAUCCCAUCCUCCCGAGACAGUGUAUUCCGGUGCUGGACCACGACCCAACGUUCUGGCUCAACAAAGCAACUCUAGACUUUCACCUUCACCGCCGCCUCUGCCUCCACCACAAUCUAAUAGCCAACCUGUCUCGCGACAGCAUGGCAGGAUCCUGACCCAGCCUAGUGGCUCUGUACGUCCUCCGCCACCCAGAGAUAUAGAAAUAAUAGAGCAGAAGGAUAUUUUCUUCAAUGAUUCAGCAGACUACCGGAUCAACAUAAAUUACGAGCGUAUGGUACGGCGUGCAACGGUGAUCUCUGACAGGUUGAAAACAGGGCGGUUCCGUAACCAUGUUCGCCUUGACCGCGGAAGGAUCGCGAUUGUUGACUAUGCAUCCUCCGAAGAGAUCCGGCAUCAGGAAUGGGAGGAGAACAAGAGUCUUCAUCCUGGGUCGCCUUUCCCUUUCUCCGGCUUUCUGAGAGGUAAUGCUCAUGAUGUAACACGCCGCCUCAUUAUCAUUGAAGAUCUCUUUCCUUCUAUAAUCACCUUUCUCGUUGGUAGGUUUGGCAUAUCUCCAGAAUUCUUUGAGGAACAUUUAAACAACUCUGGCUAUGGUGGCGAAGGCUUCAACGACAAAAGUCCCAAGACCUGGAAGACCGCCGGCAUGAGGAAAUCCUAUGUGUCAAUGAAAUGGUACCGGCCGGCCUGGAGACUGUCCAUGCCACCUUUCUCCCAGAAGCAACUGGAUGACUUGUUGGACCCUGAUGUUGGAAUCCUAAACUUCCCUCGCGGAAAAUGGAGAGCCACGACAUUCGAAAUGAAUUCUAAUAUUUUCCGGCAGGCGUGGGACUUGCGGACAGAUCCGAGAUCAACAAAUCGUGAGAAGCGCAUGUGUGGGCUUGAAGAGCGUGCUUCUGUGUGGAAAGGCAAGAUGCCUGGCACCAAAUGUGAACUUGUCGUUUUAUUACUUGAUCCAUUACCAGCUCUCAAGGAGUUUUCCAUUCGCUACUAUUGGCCCAAACAACCAACUCGACGCCAAGGCGGUGGUUCGAAUGAGACACAGACAAGCGACAGCCACUCACUACUGACGGACAUGGAAUCCGGUGAUACUUCCGCUUCUCAGACAACUUACUCCGAUGAAUCGUCUAUAAGUGUCUCCAAACGCCACACUGAGUCCACAGGAUGGCUAAGAAUUCUACCUGAUUGGCUUCUCAAACUAUUCAAGCUGGAUGAGUCUCAAUCACAUGCUCGUAUAGAAAGUAUCGCCACCCCCAAACCAAUACGGCCAGUAAUUGAGCACAUUGGCUCUCGGGUCCCAUUGGAGAAUACAAUGGAAGAAUCACUACUGUCCCAAGGUUUGGCGGACGCAUUACGAAAUAAGCUAUACGAUACGAGCCCCACAUUCACGACAUUCAGUGAAUAUUUUGAUGCUGGCGCAAGCAUGGAUCACAGUUGGCCUUUUGGUCCGUUGACGCCGCUCUAUGAAAUCGUCUGGAGAGACGUCGAGGGGCUCUUGAAGAUCAUACAGGAUAUUCUCGACGGCAUAGAUAAUGAUAUUCUGGAUGAUGACAAGAUGGAAGACCGCUUGGUGAUCUGGAGACAGAUUCUUACACGUGCUCAGCUUGAAUUACCUCAACUGAAGAAAUCAAUGCUGCAAUUCUUCACUUUUAUUUUUCUAGAGGACCAUACGCUUGAUCGCGAGAACCAGCUGGACGCAUCCGUCACCAAUACUGGUAUGCAGAGUUGUCUAGACGCAAUCGACGAGAUGAUAGUUAGGCUUCAGAGUGUUUCAUCAUCCUUAACAUCCAACAUGGCGCUCCUCGACAGCCGGCGAUCCAUAGCAGAAGCCAAAAGUAUUACUCGCCUGACGGAGUUGGCCUUCUUGUUCAUACCUCUAACAUUCGCGGCAACAAUCUUUGGCAUGGAGAUCGAACCGUUCAAGGAUCCAGUACCAUUAUCAACGUUCAUAAUCCUCGCCGUCACACUCAGCGGCUUCUCAUAUGCAGCAAGACUGGUAAUUCGAAGCUCAUGGGUCAUUCGAGUCAAAUACUCAUCAAAAGAAAGCAUCAAGCGAUUUGCUGAUCGACAGCAGCAUCCAGUGCAAGGCGGGUAUAUACCGACCACUCUUGCUCUUCAAUGGCUAUACUAUUUGAUCCUGUAUCACUUCAAGUCCGCAAUUUCCGUUACUGCGAGCUUCCUGGUCCUUGUAGUAGUCGCGCCCUUUUCGCUCGCAUGGAGAUUACUGACCCCUUUCGAAAUCAUACUCAAGCCACUGACAUACGUCGGACUGAUUUGUGUAUUACCACUGUCAAUUCUCUGGACUCGCGAUCUGAACCAUGAUAUCCAAGUUGCCUUGACUGUCGCAAGCGUCUCCUCGGUUUCGAUUCUCGUCUGUGUAUCUUUCUGGAGAUCGAGUGACCCUGACACCCGGAGAGCUCUCCCGAAUCUAUUGAAGAGGGAAUAUCAGCUAUUCAAAGACGGAGACUCUGUUCUAUUCAAAAUUGUCUCAUGGGUUGGGAGUGCAGCAGUGUUCCUUGUUCCGAUAGCGUUGCUCUGGUCCAGACCGACAACUUCCGGUAUCAGAGGUGCAUUGAUGGCUGGAUUGGGCUUAAUAUUUUUGGCAAUCUGCGCUGGAUAUGGGAUCUUCAGGCUUCUUUACGUGGCUCGGACAGGGAGUUUUAGUGAUUUUGACAGCGAAAGUGGCAGCGAAGUUGAUGAAAACGAGAGCGACACGUAG